GUCCUUUAACCCCUAAUCUACACUGAAAUUUCAUACCCAAGUACCGGAGGGUCCCUGAGCCUGAGAGAAAGGGAGGGAACGGAACCGGUAAAAUCAAAGAACUGCGAUCCUCUCUACUGAUUCUGAAAAUAUUUUCAAUUCCAAAACCCUAAUUUAGUUAAUCCCAAAAAACCCUUAAAUUUUAUCGGGUAGAAGAGACGGAAUUCAGCCUCAAUUGGGAGUUUCUCAGUUUUGCAAUUGUGAAGAAGAAGUGAGAAGAGAAAAGGAAGAGUGACAGUGCAGUGGAAAACCCUAGAAAGCCAGAACUCGACAAGGCUAGGGUUUUCCUCCAACCAUGAGUCCUAUUCAGAAUUUCGAGCAACACUCUCGCCAUCUCGUCGAACCUGACCUCCCAAUUCAGACGAGGUUACAAAUGGCAAUGGAGGUUAGGGACAGUCUCGAGAUAGCUCACACUGCUGAGUACUUAAAUUUCCUCAAAUGCUACUUCAGAGCCUUCUCAGUCGUCCUGUUACAGAUUACAAAGCCCCAAUUCACUGACAAUCCUGAGCACAAACUGCGAAACAUUGUAGUGGAAAUUCUCAAUAGGCUUCCUCAUAGUGAGGUCCUUCGACCUUUUGUUCAGGACCUGUUAAAAGUGGCCAUGCAAGUGCUAACUACUGAUAAUGAAGAAAAUGGCUUAAUUUGUAUACGAAUUAUCUUCGAUCUUCUUAGGAAUUUUAGGCCUACAUUAGAAAAUGAGGUUCAACCGUUUUUAGAUUUUGUUUGCAAGAUUUACCAGAAUUUUAGGUUGACAGUUAGCCAUUUCUUUGAUAAUGCUGUGGUGGGAAUGGAAGUGGAUGUGAAGCCUAUGGAUACUUCUUCAGUUUCGGAUCAAGGGAUUACUUCAAGUGGAUAUGUUGGGAAUGGGCAGUUGAAUCCAAGUACACGGUCCUUCAAGAUAGUUACUGAGAGUCCACUUGUAGUUAUGUUUCUGUUUCAAUUAUAUAGUCGUCUUGUACAAACGAAUAUUCCUCACUUGUUACCUUUGAUGGUUGCUGCAAUAUCUGUUCCGGGACCUGAAAAGGUUCCUCCCCAUUUGAAGACACAAUUUAUUGAGUUAAAAGGUGCACAGGUUAAGACAGUUUCAUUUUUAACAUACCUCUUGAAGAGCUUUGCUGAUUAUAUCAGGCCACAUGAAGAAAGCAUAUGUACAAGCAUUGUGAAUUUACUUGUAACAUGUUCUGACUCUGUAUCCAUUAGGAAGGAGUUGUUGGUGGCCUUGAAACAUGUUUUGGGCACAGAUUUCAAGAGGGGUUUGUUUCCUUUGAUCGACACAUUAUUGGAAGAGAGGGUUCUAGUUGGCACUGGGCGUGCUUGCUUUGAGACUUUGAGGCCAUUGGCAUAUAGUCUUCUGGCAGAGAUUGUUCAUCAUGUCAGGGCGGACCUUUCCCUGUCGCAGUUGUCACGUAUUAUAUACUUGUUCUCAAGUAAUAUGCAUGAUGCUUCAUUGUCACUUGGCAUUCAUACCACUUGUGCUCGGCUGAUGUUAAAUCUGGUGGAACCAAUUUUUGAGAAAGGGGUUGACCAGCCAUCAAUGGAUGAAGCACGGGUUUUAUUGGGGCGUAUUUUGGAUGCUUUUGUUGGGAAGUUUAGUACUUUCAAGCGUACCAUUCCCCAGUUGUUGGAGGAGGGCGAAGAGGGAAAAGAUCGCCCUACGUUGAGGUCAAAGCUUGAGCUCCCUGUGCAGGCAGUUCUGAAUAUACAGGUACCCGUGGAGCAUUCUAAGGAAGUCAGUGACUGUAAGAAUCUAAUUAAGACUUUGGUUGUGGGAAUGAAGACCAUCAUAUGGAGUAUAACUCAUGCACAUUUGCCCCGAUCACAGGUCUCAUCUUCUACUCAUGGAACACACCCACAAGUUCUUGUCUCACCAACGUCUAACUUGCCAGCUCCUCAAGCAUUCAAAGGAUUGAGGGAAGAUGAGGUGUGGAAAGCUUCUGGUGUUUUAAAAAGUGGUGUACAUUGCUUAGCCCUCUUCAAGGAAAAAGAUGAGGAGAGGGAAAUGCUUCAACUAUUUUCUCAGAUUUUGGCCAUUAUGGAACCUCGAGAUCUUAUGGACAUGUUCUCGUUGUGUAUGCCAGAGCUCUUUGAAUGCAUGAUUUCCAACAAUCAACUGGUUCAUAUAUUUUCCACUCUUCUGCAAACUGCCAAGGUUUACCGGCCAUUUGCUGAUGUUUUGGUUAAUUUUCUUGUAAGCAGCAAACUUGAUGCUUUGAAGCAUCCAGAUACACCUGCAGCCAAACUGGUUUUGCAUCUCUUUAAGUUUAUAUUUGGUGCUGUUGCAAAAGCACCUACAGAUUUUGAGCGUAUUUUGCAGCCUCAUGUGCCUGUAAUUAUGGAAGUUUGCAUGAAAAAUGCCACUGAAGUUGAGAAGCCUCUUGGCUAUCUGCAACUUCUUCGUACAAUGUUUAGAGCGCUUGCAGGAUGCAAAUUUGAGCUUCUAUUGCGAGAAUUAAUUCCUAUGCUGCAACCUUGCCUAAAUAUGCUAUUGACUAUGCUUGAAGGUCCAACAGCUGAAGACAUGAGGGACCUUUUGUUGGAGCUUUGCUUAACGUUGCCUGCACGCUUAAGCUCCUUGUUACCUUACCUUCCCCGACUAAUGAAGCCUCUUGUAUUGUGUCUCAAGGGAAGUGAUGACCUUGUUAGCUUAGGUUUAAGAACACUUGAGUUUUGGGUAGACAGUUUAAAUCCCGAUUUCCUGGAACCCAGUAUGGCUAAUGUGAUGUCAGAGGUGAUUUUAGCUCUAUGGUCUCAUUUGAGGCCUACACCCUAUCCAUGGGGUGGGAAAGCUUUGCAACUCCUUGGCAAAUUAGGUGGUCGUAAUAGACGUUUUCUCAAAGAGCCUCUAGCACUUGAGUGCAAGGAGAACCCAGAGCAUGGGCUUCGCUUGAUUCUUACAUUUGAGCCCUCAACCCCUUUUUUAGUGCCAUUGGACAGAUGCAUAAAUCUUGCUGUAGCAGCUGUUAUGCACAAAGAUGCUGGCAUGGAUUCUUUUUACAGAAGGCAGGCUUUGAAAUUUCUUCGUGUUUGCUUAUCAUCUCAGCUUAACCUGCCAGGCAAUGUUACGGAUGAAGGGUAUACAACAAAGCACUUAUUAACUUCUUUGGUUUCUAGUGUUGAUUUGUCUUGGCGCAGGUCUGAGACAACAGAUGCAAAGAGUGACUUGGGUGUAAAGACAAAGACCCAACUUUUGGCUGAGAAGUCAGUUUUCAAGAUUCUGUUGAUGACUAUUAUUGCUGCCAGUGCAGAACCAGAUCUGAGUGACCCCAAGGAUGAUUUUGUUGUCAACAUUUGCCGUCAUUUUGCAAUGACAUUUCAUAUUGGUCAGGCAUCAACGAAUGCUUCAACUGCAUCUUCUUCUCUUGGUGGUCCAAUGCUUUCAUCAAAUGUAAAUAGUAGUUCUAGGUCAAAAAGUAGCAGUUCUUCUAACCUGAAAGAGCUGGAUCCUUUAAUCUUUUUGGAUGCGUUAGUUGAUGUGCUAGCAGAUGAAAACAGGCUUCAUGCAAAAGCUGCUCUUAGUGCUUUAAAUGUGUUUGCUGAAACACUCCUCUUCCUUGCUCGUUCAAAACAUGCCGACAUGCUGAUGUCAAGAGGAGGACCAGGUACUCCUAUGAUUGUUUCUAGUCCGUCAAUGAAUCCUGUAUACUCUCCACCUCCAAGUGUUCGCAUCCCAGUUUUUGAGCAACUUCUGCCUCGGCUUCUGCAUUGUUGCUAUGGCAGUACAUGGCAAGCACAAAUGGGAGGUGUUAUGGGCCUUGGUGCUUUAGUUGGAAAGGUCACUGUUGAGACGCUGUGCCUUUUCCAAGUUAGAAUUGUUCGGGGUCUGGUAUAUGUUCUUAAAAGGUUGCCUAUUUAUGCUAGCAAAGAGCAGGAAGAGACAAGUCAGGUUCUUACACAGGUUCUUCGGGUGGUGAAUAAUGUUGAUGAAGCAAACAAUGAACCACGCAGGCAAAGUUUUCAAGGAGUAGUUGAUUUUCUUGCUUCAGAAUUGUUCAAUCCAAAUGCAUCUAUUAUCGUUAGAAAGAAUGUGCAGUCUUGUUUGGCACUUUUAGCAAGUAGGACUGGCAGUGAGGUAUCUGAGCUUCUUGAGCCUUUGCAUCAACCUUUGCUUCAGCCUCUUAUAAUGCGGCCACUUCGAGCAAAGACUGUUGAUCAGCAGGUUGGAACAGUUACAGCUUUGAAUUUCUGCUUGGCCUUAAGGCCCCCUCUUCUCAAGUUGACACCAGAAUUGGUUAAUUUUCUUCAAGAGGCUCUGCAAAUAGCCGAGGCUGAUGAAACUGUAUGGGUGGUGAAAUUCAUGAACCACAAAGUGGCCACAUCAUUAAACAAGCUUCGAACAGCUUGCAUUGAACUACUCUGUACCACAAUGGCAUGGGCAGAUUUCAAAACUCCAAAUCAUUCAGAAUUACGUGCUAAGAUUAUCGCCAUGUUUUUCAAGUCUUUGACCUGUAGAACUCCAGAAAUUGUUGCUGUUGCCAAGGAGGGAUUACGACAGGUUAUUAAUCAACAGAGGAUGCCCAAAGAGCUUCUACAGAGCAGCCUCAGGCCUAUCCUUGUCAAUUUGGCACACACCAAGAAUCUCAGCAUGCCUCUUCUGCAGGGUCUGGCACGCCUGCUCGAACUUUUAUCUAAUUGGUUUAAUGUCACUUUAGGUGGCAAGUUGUUGGAGCACCUUAAGAAAUGGUUGGAACCGGAGAAACUUGCUCAGAGUCAGAAGUCAUGGAAGGCUGGUGAAGAGCCAAAAAUUGCUGCAGCUAUCAUUGAGCUUUUUCAUUUGCUUCCUCAUGCUGCAUCAAAGUUUCUUGAUGAACUUGUGAUGUUGACAAUUGAAUUGGAGGGGGCUCUUCCCCCUGGCCAAGUAUAUAGUGAGAUCAACAGUCCAUAUCGUCUUCCACUUACCAAAUUCUUAAAUAGAUAUGCAACGCUUGCUGUUGAUUAUUUCCUUGCUCGAUUAAGUGAGCCAAACUGCUUCAGACGGUUUAUGUACAUAAUACGAUCAGAUGCUGGCCAAUCUUUGAGAGAUGAACUUGCAAAGUCACCACAGAAGAUACUUGCUAGUGCAUUUCCUGAAUUUGUGCCCAAAUCUGAAGCAGCAAUGACUCCUGGAUCUUCUACUCCAGCUGCUGCCUUAGUGGGCGAUGAAGGGCUUGUUACUUCUCAAGCUGAUAGCUCUAAUUUACCAUCUGUGAUCUCUGGUAACACUUCAGAUGCUUAUUUUCAGGGGCUUGCACUUAUUAAAACACUGGUAAAAUUGGUACCUGCAUGGCUACAAAGUAAUCGUCUUGUCUUUGAUACCUUGGUACUUGUUUGGAAAUCGCCUGCGAGAAUAUCUCGUCUACAGAAUGAACAGGAGCUGAACCUUGUGCAAGUGAAAGAAAGCAAAUGGCUUGUCAAGUGCUUCUUAAAUUAUUUACGACAUGACAAAAAUGAAGUCAAUGUUCUCUUCGAUAUCCUUUCAAUCUUCUUGUUUCAUAGUCGCAUUGAUUAUACAUUUUUGAAGGAGUUCUAUAUUAUUGAGGUUGCUGAAGGUUACCCACCCAACAUGAAGAGAGCACUUCUUUUGCACUUUUUGAACCUUUUCCAAUCAAAACAACUUGGUCAUGAUCAUUUGGUUGUCGUGAUGCAAAUGCUCAUUCUUCCAAUGCUUGCUCACGCCUUCCAGAAUGGCCAAAGCUGGGAUGUUGUUGAUCCUAGUAUUAUUAAAACAAUCGUUGACAAGCUUCUGGACCCUCCAGAAGAGGUUUCUGCUGAAUACGAUGAGCCUUUAAGGAUAGAACUUCUGCAGCUUGCCACUUUGCUUCUUAAAUAUCUCCAGAGUGACCUUGUUCAUCACAGAAAAGAACUAAUAAAAUUUGGCUGGAAUCAUCUCAAACGUGAAGAUAGUGCCAGUAAGCAAUGGGCAUUUGUGAAUGUCUGCCACUUCUUGGAGGCCUAUCAGGCCCCAGAAAAAAUUAUCCUUCAGGUUUUUGUUGCACUCCUUAGAACUUGCCAGCCCGAGAAUAAAAUGUUGGUCAAGCAGGCCCUUGAUAUUCUAAUGCCAGCACUACCAAGAAGGUUACCUCUUGGGGAUUCUCGCAUGCCUAUCUGGAUAAGAUACACCAAGAAGAUUUUGGUUGAGGAAGGUCAUUCGAUCCCUAAUUUGAUUCACAUUUUCCAGCUCAUUGUCCGCCAUUCAGAACUAUUCUACAGCUGCAGAGCACAAUUUGUGCCUCAGAUGGUGAAUUCUCUCAGUCGACUUGGUUUGCCAUAUAACACUACAGCCGAAAACAGGCGUCUUGCUAUUGAACUUGCUGGAUUGGUGGUUGGUUGGGAAAGACAGCGGCAAAAUGAAAUGAAAGUUGUGAGUGAAGGUGAUGUGCCCAGUCAGAUCGAUGAUGCGUUUAACUCUACUUCUGCUAGUGCUGAUCCUAAACGUCCGGUUGAUAGUUCUGCUUUCCCUGAAGAUUCAACUAAGAGGGUUAAAGUUGAACCUGGUCUUCAAUCCCUCUGUGUCAUGUCACCUGGUGCUGCUUCAUCAAUUCCAAACAUUGAAACCCCGGGAUCUGCUGGCCAACCCGAUGAAGAAUUUAAGCCAAAUGCUGCCAUGGAAGAGAUGAUUAUCAAUUUUCUUAUACGAGUUGCGUUAGUAAUUGAGCCCAAGGAUAAGGAAGCAAGUACUUUGUACAAACAAGCCUUAGAGUUACUUUCACAAGCUUUGGAGGUGUGGCCAAAUGCCAAUGUCAAGUUCAAUUAUUUAGAAAAGCUACUGAGCAGCGUUCAGCCAUCUCAGUCAAAGGACCCUUCCACGGCUCUUGCACAAGGCUUGGAUGUCAUGAACAAGGUUUUAGAAAAGCAGCCACAUUUGUUCAUUAGAAAUAACAUCAAUCAGAUUUCCCAGAUUCUUGAACCUUGUUUCAAGUAUAAAAUGUUAGAUGCUGGAAAGUCAUUGUGCUCCUUGUUGAAAAUGGUUUUCGUUGCUUUUCCUCCGGAUGCGGGUACUACACCACCAGAUGUAAAGCUUUUGUAUCAAAAGGUGGAUGAGCUGAUUCAGAAGCACAUCACUACUGUUACAGCUCAGACAUCUGGUGAAGAUAACUCUGCUAAUUCAAUUAGUUUUGUGCUGCUUGUUAUUAAGACAUUGACAGAGGUGCAAAAGAACUUCAUUGAACCAUUCAUCUUAGUUCGUAUCCUUCAACGCCUUGCACGUGAUAUGGGAUCGUCAGCUGGCUCACACUUGAGACAAGGUCAGCGAACAGAUCCUGAUUCUUCUGUCACUUCAUCUCGUCAAGGUGCUGACGUUGGAGCAGUCAUCUCUAACUUAAAAUCUGUCUUGAAGCUUAUUAGUGAGAGGGUCAUGCUUGUGGCUGAAUGCAAGAGAUCUGUAACUCAAAUUUUGAAUGCCUUGCUUUCAGAGAAGGGAACUGAUGCUAGUGUGCUUCUUUGUAUACUUGAUGUGAUAAAAGGUUGGAUUGAAGAUGACUUCAGCAAGCCAGGGACGUCAGUCUCCUCUAAUACUUUUCUCACUCCCAAGGAAAUUGUUUCUUUCCUUCAGAAGCUUUCACAGGUUGAUAAGCAAAAUUUCCAGCCCAGUGCCUUGGAAGAGUGGGACAGAAAAUAUCUUCAGCUUCUUUAUGGCAUUUGUGCUGUUUCAAAUAAGUAUCCACUGACUCUGCGUCAAGAGGUAUUUCAGAAGGUAGAAAGGCAAUUCAUGCUUGGUCUCCGGGCAAAAGAUCCAGAAGUUAGAAUGAAGUUCUUCUCCCUGUAUCAUGAGUCACUUGGCAAGACUUUGUUCACAAGGUUGCAAUAUAUCAUCCAAAUACAGGACUGGGAAGCUUUAAGUGAUGUUUUCUGGCUCAAGCAGGGUCUUGAUCUCCUGUUAGCAAUCUUAGUUGAGGAUAAACCUAUUACGCUUGCUCCUAACUCUGCAAGGGUUCUACCUCUUGUUGCUUCUGGUUCUGUUUCAGAUAGUUCUGGAAUGCAGCACCAGGUUGCUGAAGUUCCAGAGGGUUCUGAGGAAGCUCCUUUGACACUUGAUAGCCUUGUUCUCAAACACGCACAAUUUCUGAAUGAAAUGAGCAAGCUUCAGGUUUCUGAUCUGGUUAUUCCUUUGAGGGAGCUUGCUCACAAAGAUUCAAAUGUUGCAUACCAUUUGUGGGUGUUGGUUUUUCCUAUUGUCUGGGUUACCUUACACAAAGAAGAACAGGUUGCUCUAGCUAAACCAAUGAUAACUCUCCUAUCAAAAGAUUUUCAUAAGAAGCAGCAAGCCAGCAGACCAAAUGUUGUACAAGCACUUUUGGAAGGGCUUCAAUUGAGCCAUCCUCAGCCUAGAAUGCCCAGUGAACUCAUUAAAUACAUAGGGAAAACUUAUAAUGCAUGGCAUAUUGCAUUGGCUCUGCUGGAAAGUCAUGUCAUGUUAUUCAUGAAUGAUACGAAGUGUUCUGAGUCUCUGGCUGAGCUUUAUCGUUUGCUCAAUGAAGAAGAUAUGAGGUGUGGAUUGUGGAAGAAAAGGUCAGUCACUGCAGAAACCAAAGCUGGGCUUUCACUAGUUCAGCAUGGUUAUUGGGAGCGUGCUCGAAGCCUCUUUUCCCAAGCUAUGAUUAAGGCAACUCAAGGCACAUAUAACAACACUGUACCUAAAGCUGAAAUGUGUCUUUGGGAAGAGCAAUGGAUUUACUGUUCUACUCAACUUAGCGAGUGGGAUGCAUUGGUAGACUUUGGAAAGACUGUUGAGAAUUAUGAAAUUCUACUUGAUUGCCUUUGGAAGUUACCUGAUUGGGCAUACAUGAAGGAUCAUGUAAUCCCUAAGGCUCAAGUAGAAGAAACUCCAAAACUCCGUCUCAUUCAAGCCUUUUUUGCCCUCCAUGAUAGAAAUACAAAUGGUGUAGGGGAUGCAGAUAACAUAGUUGGGAAGGGUGUUGAUCUUGCUUUGGAACAUUGGUGGCAAUUGCCUGAAAUGUCUGUGCAUGCCAGGGUUCCUCUUCUGCAGCAGUUUCAGCAAUUAGUUGAAGUUCAAGAAUCUGCCAGAAUUCUUGUGGACAUUGCCAAUGGGAACAAAGUUUCUGGCAAUUCUGUGGUUGGUGUGCAUGGAAAUCUAUAUGCUGAUCUCAAAGACAUCCUUGAGACUUGGAGACUGAGAACUCCAAAUGAAUGGGAUAAUAUGUCCGUCUGGUGUGAUUUGCUCCAAUGGAGGAAUGAAAUGUAUAAUGGUGUUAUAGACGCAUUUAAAGAGUUCAGCACCACAAAUCCACAACUUCAUCAUCUUGGUUACCGUGAUAAGGCUUGGAAUGUUAAUAAGCUUGCUCGCAUUGCUCGUAAGCAAGGCCUUUAUGAUGUAUGUGUGGCGAUACUUGAAAAGAUGUAUGGCCAUUCAACUAUGGAAGUGCAGGAGGCCUUUGUUAAGAUUACAGAGCAGGCAAAGGCAUAUCUUGAAAUGAAGGGAGAACUGACUAGUGGCCUUAAUUUGAUCAGCAGCACUAAUCUGGAAUAUUUUCCUGUGAAAAACAAGGCAGAAAUAUUUCGUCUUAAAGGGGACUUCCUAUUAAAGUUAAAUGACUCUGAAGGGGCUAAUCUUGCAUACUCCAAUGCCAUCACCCUUUUCAAAAAUUUGCCUAAAGGGUGGAUAAGCUGGGGAAAUUAUUGUGACAUGGCUUAUAAAGAUAGUCAUGAUGAGAUUUGGUUAGAAUAUGCUGUUAGCUGCUUUCUUCAAGGGAUUAAAUUUGGUGUUUCUAAUUCGAGAAGCCAUCUAGCUCGUGUUCUGUAUCUUCUCAGUUUUGAUACUCCCAGUGAACCCGUGGGAAGGUCAUUUGAUAAGUAUUUGGACCAAAUUCCCCACUGGGUCUGGCUUUCCUGGAUUCCACAGUUAUUACUUUCCUUGCAAAGGACAGAAGCAUCUCAUUGCAAACUUGUGCUUCUUAAAAUUGCUACUGUUUAUCCACAGGCACUGUAUUACUGGCUCAGAACAUAUUUGCUUGAGCGUCGUGAUGUUGCAAAUAAGUCGGAACUUGGCAGAAUAGCCAUGGCUCAGCAAAGGUUGCAACAGAAUAUCUCUGGUACCAAUUCUGGUUCUCUUGGCUUGGCUGAUGGAAAUGCUAGAGUACAGAGUCAUACUGGAGGCAAUCUAGCACCAGACAAUCCAGUUCAUCAAGGAAGUCAAUCUGGUACUGGAAUUGGAUCUCAUGAUGGGGGGAACUCUCAUGGGCAAGAACCUGAGCGGUCCACUGUAACAGAGAGCAGUGUGCACACAGGAAAUGACCAACCUCUGCAACAAAGUUCUUCAAGUAUCAGUGAUGGUGGGCAGGGUGCAAUGAGGCGUAAUGGUACGAUGGGUUUGGUUGCUUCUGCUGCCACUGCUUUUGAUGCUGCUAAGGAUAUUAUGGAGGCCCUAAGAAGCAAGCAUGCUAAUUUGGCUGGUGAACUUGAGGUUCUUUUAACAGAAAUUGGUUCAAGGUUUGUUACUCUGCCUGAGGAGAGACUUCUGGCAGUGGUUAAUGCCCUGCUGCACCGCUGUUACAAGUACCCAACUGCUACUACAGCAGAAGUUCCCCAAUCUCUCAAGAAGGAGCUCUCUGGUGUUUGCAGGGCUUGCUUCUCUGCAGAUGCUGUUAAUAAGCAUGUAGAUUUUGUUAGGGAGUACAAGCAGGAUUUUGAGCGUGAUCUGGAUCCAGAAAGUACAGCUACUUUUCCUGCCACUCUUUCUGAACUGACUGAACAACUAAAACACUGGAAAAAUAUACUCCAGAGCAACGUUGAGGACAGGUUUCCAGCUGUUCUGAAGCUGGAGGAUGAAAGCAGGGUGUUACGUGACUUUCAUGUGGUUGAUGUAGAGAUUCCAGGGCAGUAUUUUAGUGAUCAGGAAAUUGCCCCUGACCACACAGUGAAGUUAGACCGGGUUGGAGCUGAUAUACCAAUAGUUCGAAGGCAUGGAAGCAGUUUUCGCCGUUUGACUCUGAUUGGCUCUGAUGGUUCUCAACGACAUUUUAUUGUCCAGACAUCUUUGACUCCUAAUGCUAGAAGCGAUGAGCGGAUAUUGCAGCUCUUCCGUGUAAUGAACCAAAUGUUUGAUAAGCACAAGGAAUCCAGACGUCGUCAUAUAUGCAUUCACACGCCCAUUAUAAUUCCUGUUUGGUCACAGGUGCGCAUGGUUGAAGAUGAUUUGAUGUAUAGCACAUUCCUGGAGGUCUAUGAAAACCACUGUGCAAGGAAUGACCGAGAGGCAGAUCUUCCCAUUACCUAUUUCAAGGAGCAAUUGAACCAGGCCAUAUCUGGACAAAUUUCACCUGAAGCUGUAGUAGAUCUCCGCCUCCAAGCAUAUACAGAUAUAACAAAAAAUCUCGUAACAGAUGGUAUCUUUUCCCAGUACAUGUACAAGACCUUGCCAAGUGUCAAUCAUAUGUGGGCUUUCAAAAAGCAAUUUGCUAUCCAGUUGGCCCUGUCAAGUUUCAUGUCUUUCAUGCUGCAAAUUGGAGGAAGGUCUCCAAAUAAGAUCUUGUUUGCGAAAAACACGGGGAAAAUAUUCCAGACAGAUUUUCAUCCUGCAUAUGAUGCGAACGGAAUGAUUGAAUUUAGUGAACCAGUGCCUUUCCGUCUGACAAGGAACAUGCAAGCAUUCUUCUCCCAUUUUGGCGUGGAGGGCCUUAUUGUAUCUGCAAUGUGUGCUGCAGCACAGGCUGUAGUCUCACCCAAACAAAGUCAGCAUUUGUGGUAUCAGUUAGCCAUGUUUUUCCGCGAUGAACUGCUUUCAUGGUCUUGGAGAAGACCACUUGGGAUGAUGCCUCUUGCUCCUGCUGCUGGAGGGGGUAGUUUGAACCCUGUUGACUUCAAACAUAAGGUUACUAACAAUGUGGAUAGUGUUAUCAGCCGGAUCAGCGGAAUAGCUCCACAGUGUUUCUCUGAAGAGGAGGAGAAUGCAAUGGAGCCACCUCAGUCAGUACAGAGGGGUGUUACUGAGUUAGUUGAUGCUGCAUUGCUGCCUAGGAAUUUGUGCAUGAUGGAUCCUACAUGGCAUCCAUGGUUUUGAUAUAUAUAUACAAAUGUUGUAAAUUAUGUACAUAUAUACAUGUCCUUUUUAUUUUAGAAAUCUAGAAAUUGUUUUCAGAUUUGAUUUUGGCACCAAAUCUGGAGAAAGGAAAGCCUCAAUGAUUUAUUGAUCAAUUCAAGGAACAGUUUCGUCA